AUGGACGAGUAUUUCGACGAGCACUCGGACGUGCCGACGCUCUACCUCGGCGGCUGGUACGACUCGUAUGCGCGGAACACGCCGAUGAGCUACAUGAAGCUGUCAGCCAUCAAGAAAUCGCAGCAGGUCCUCCUGAUGGGGCCGUGGACGCACGGGAUGUAUGAGCUGACGUACUCUGGGGACGUUGACUUCGGCCUCGACUCGCAAAUCAACCUAAACGACUUGCGAUUGGCGUGGUUCGACCACUAUAUGAAGGGCAUGGACACCGAGUUCGCGGAGUGGUCUCCGGUCCGCAUCUUCACGAUGGGGACGGGAAGCCAGCGGAUGAACAAGCACGACUACGACCGCCGACUCGACCACGGCGGGUAUUGGCGAAGCGAGCCCGACUGGCCUGUACCGGGCACGGAGGAGACCCCGUUCUUCAUGCACGCGGACGGUUCGCUGUCCAACGAGGAGCCGACCGACGAUGAGACGGAAUCGACCGGCUACACCUUCGACCCCAUGGACCCCGUGCCGACGAUGGGCGGGGGCAUCUCGGCGGCGGACUCGAUUAUUCGGGCCGGAGCGUUCGACCAGCGGGGCAGGGCUGACUUCAUCGGCUGCGUUAACGAGCUACCUCUUAACACGCGCCACGACAUUCUCACGUUCCAGACUCCUGAACUCGAAGAGGAUACCGAGAUCACGGGUCACGUCGUCAUGCAUCUGUGGGCGGCAUCGUCAGCGAAAGACACCGACUUCACGGCCAAGCUCAUCGACGUUCACCCGCCCUCCGACGACUACCCCGACGGCUUCGCGAUGAACAUCACGGACUCGAUCAUUCGCGCCCGUUAUCGAAACGGUUGGACCGAGCCGGAGCCAAUGGAACCCGGCACGCCCUACGAGUUCGUCUUUCACCUGUAUCCAACGUCGAACGUGUUCCGCAAGGGGCACCGCAUUCGGCUUGACAUCAGCAGCAGCAACUGGCCGCGCUUCGACGUGAAUCCGAAUACCGGAGGGCCGCUAGGACUGGAGCGGCGGUACGAAAUCGCGCAUCAGACCAUCUUCCAUAGCGUGGAGCACCCGUCGCACAUCGUCCUGCCGCUGCAGGAGGUGUGA